AUGCGUUGGUCCCCGGUGCUGCUCGCCGUCGUUGCAGGGCUAGAGGCAGCUCAUGCUCACGGAAACGUGCCGCACCCCAACAUAGUGUUGCCGCGUCUGAGGGACAAGCAAGAGUUGAGGCAGAGGCGCGCGGCAUUUGAGCCUUGGAACCCCCCCUCCGUGGCUAACAAGCCUCAAAACCACCCCAGGAACCAUUUGGAUUCCCGUCAGGUCUCUACCACCGUCCCAGUUGGAGACAACGAUCAGUGUGGAGGAAACUUUGGAAGGUGUGCAAACGGAUUCUGCUGUUCGGCUGAAGGGUGGUGCGGACAGGGGCCAGACUACUGCAGUUCGCCUGACUGUCAGAUCAACUACGGUCCAGCCUGUGAUGGCAACCAGAAGCCCAGCGGCUCCGAUACAUCCAAGGACACGAGAACUCGGAAGGGCAACGUUCCUUACGGUGGCGUGGGCAUCUAUUCUUGUGAAAAGGACGGCGAUAUUGCCGUCACAUAUGAUGAUGGUCCUUACAUCUAUACCGCAGCCAUGUUAGACGCAUUCAAAGCUCAUGGCGCCGUCGCCACCUUCUUCAUCACCGGCAACAACAUCGGCAAGGGUCAGAUCAAUGUGAAGUACCGCGAUCUCAUCAAGCGCAUGGUUGCCGAGGGCCAUCAAGUUGCUAGCCACACUUGGUCGCACGAGAACCUCGACCAGAUGACGGCAACGCAGCGUAAGAACCAGAUGAUCUAUAACGAGAUUGCCUUGAAGGACAUUCUUGGCUUCUACCCUACCUAUAUGCGUCCGCCCUACUCCAUUUGCGGAACUGAUUGCCAGAAGCUGAUGGUGGACCUUGGCUACCACAUCACCUAUUUCGACCUCGACACCGAGGGCUAUCUCCACACCGAUCCCAGUCAAAUCCAAGUCAGUGUAGGCAUCUGGGAUGCGGCCAUGACUGCGCGAUCGUCUUGCAACGCCAGUUACCUGCACAUUGAGCACGACAUCCACGAGCAGGUUGCUACCACCUUCACCAACCAUAUGCUCGACUCCAUUGUCGCCAACGGCUGGAGGGCCGUGACUGUCGGCGAGUGCCUGGGCGACCCCCCGGCCAACUGGUACCGCGGCAACGUUCCCGCAUACAACUUCAAGAUCAGUGCCGUCAGCCCCAAGGCCUGCACCAGUACGAGCCCGGCCACCUCCAAGGCCGCCUCCACCUCCAAGGCCGCCUCCACCUCCAAGGCCCCCUCCGCCGCGUCAAACUCCGCCGCGCCAACCUCCACCGCUCUGCCCGUAUCGCUUGAUGCCACUUGUGGUGCCGCCGCCGGAAAGACCUGCCAGGGCUCCUCCUUUGGCAACUGUUGUUCUGUGAACGGAUGGUGCGGCAGCACUUCCGCCUACUGCGGUACAGGCUGCCAGUCCAAGUACGGCACAUGUGGGGGUCAGUCUUCGUCGAUCGGGGCGAGCACAGGUAGGACCUCCUCCUCUUCAUCAUCUGGCCGUGGCAGCAGCAGCAGCAGAAGCAGCAGCAUUACUUCAUCCCCUUCUGCCUCGCGGACCACCAGCGCUGGCGGCAGGACCAGUUCGUCCAGCAGCAGGACCAGCUCGCGCAACAGCGUCAGCGCUCAGUCCAACGGCUCGACCACUCGGUCAAGCUCCUACACACGCUCUCCUUCGCCGGCCUCGUCGGCUUCGAGAACUUCUUCCUCUCCCAGUGCUGCUGCCUCCCCCAGCCCUGCCACGCAGUCUGCUUUGUCGGCUUCGUCGUCGUUGUCGUCUGACACGAGCUCUUCAGGAACUUCUUCCCCUCCUAGUGCUGCUGCUGCCUCCUCCGGCACUAGCACGCAGUCUACUUCCGCCUCUGCUGCGCCUCCAUCUUCCACUCUUCCCGUCUCUACGGACGGCGCUUGUGGAGCUGCCAACGGAAAACAGUGUUCCGGCUCUGCUUUUGGCAAUUGCUGCUCCUCGUACGGAUGGUGCGGUUCCUCCUCUGCACAUUGUGGCAACGGAUGCCAGUCUGCUUACGGCACUUGCACCAACGUCGGCGGCAACACCAAGGUGUCGCUCGACGGAUCCUGCGGUGCCUCAGCCGGCAAUGCCAUCUGUACCGGCUCGGAGUUCGGCAACUGCUGCUCCCAGUACGGUUACUGCGGUAGCACCACUGAUUUCUGCGGUGCUGGUUGUCAGUCUGGCUUCGGUACCUGUUUGUCGACUGCUGUUGCCGGUCCGCCCACUGCGACAACUUCUGCGGUGCCGCUAGUCUGCGAGCAGUAG